AUGAGUCUAUUCUGUUCAGGGAGGGGCAGAAAACCAGAAGUUAGACUCAUUCAUACAACAGAAGGAGCGUGACUGUUCACUGAGAAGUGUUGCACUCUCUCAUUUGUACCUGUUCAGUGCUGAAUUCACAGUCAAGAUUUUACACACGCAAAGAUGAAAAGCUGCAUCUCUGCCUGGCCGGUGCAGGACUGCGAACACAGUGCCUUGAAGCAGAGGCAGAAGCUUUCCCUUGCAGCUGGCAUGGCUCUGGGUGAAGGUGCAGUGCUUGAAGACCAAACGCUGCCUGAAGUCUCCGGCUGCUGACCAACACGCUCAGCUGUCGGUAGGGGAGAGCUCAGCCAGCUUCUCCCCUUGGCUGGAUGCCCCUCUCCAAAUUUCUGACCCUACUGUGCUCUGUUCAGCCACACCUGAUUUUAUCUCUUAAGGUGCAAAAGAAGCAAUGUGGUAACUGCUUCAGCCAUUCCUUGCUAGCCCCCAGCAUCACUGAGGCUCCAUUUCUCAGGGGGACUCAGACUUUAGCAGCAAUAUGGAUGAGCAGAGUUAUCACUCUUCUACUUCCUGCUUCUCCCCCUUGUGCUGCUGCAGUGUUCCUGAUCAGAGAAAGUUUAAACAUAAGGUCAAGGGACUUUUGCUUAAAGUGGACCUAUUUCCUGAGCUGACAUUGCCAUAUGAGUAGUUUUGAAACUAGCAAAAGUGUCUUAUGGCACUUGUGAGACUAGACAGCAGACAAGGGCGACCUCGUCUCCAAGCACAGCUGCAGGAGGGUCCAUCCCUUGUGCAUGUAUCCCUGUCAAUAACACUAACCUGACUGAAGAGUAAAUAUGACACAGGCUCAGGGUACAGUUUCACACCAAACCCUGUUCAAAUACUGCAGCCCCCUUACCCAGCUUCUGAUGAGGUCAGGCUCUGAUAAGGGAAACAGUGAGAUGUCCCAGCCAGCGAUGGAGAGGGGAAAGGGCAUCCCUAUAGCAUGACAGCCUGGAGAUGAGUGGGCACAACCGCAGUGGGGAAACAGGAUGAGCAAUGCAACAAGAACACUAAACACAGACCGCAGGCUGCUGUCUUCCCAUGGACAAAGUUGCGCUGGCUGCCAACCACAGUUGAUGAUUUACAAGUAACUGAAUCAAGUAAUGAAGAAAGAAGACUGUCCGUUUACAAGAACAAGGGCACUGGUUUAAAACUUGACAGCUUUCUAGACGGCUCUACUCUUCUUUUUCCCUUGGGAACAGAAACAAUCUGGAUGCAGAAUAAUCCUCUGCAAUAGCAUUUGUCCACAAGCUUAUGUCCAGAAGUGCUUGAGGUAAGGACCAAGGAUGCAGGUCAUCCAGGAGCCCCACAGCACGGGAAUAGUCCCUGCACACUGUUCUUAGACCAUGAAAUGGUUACCAUCACAACUGAAAAUGUUACACAACUUUACAAGCUUAUGACCACCAAGGAGCUCCCAAUCAUUCCAACAGAUUUCUACAAUGAUUCUGAAGUUCAUCAGCUGAAUGGAUAUCAAUGUAUAAAUUCAGAUGCAUGGCUCUGGCUACAGACUUUUCAGCCUGGAUUUCUUUGGUUUAUAUUUAUUCUGGGAGCAAUAGAAAAUGCCUUUGUCCUUAUCGUACUGUGUUUCCACAAGGGUCACUGCACAGUGGCUGAAAUUUACCUAGCAAACAUGGCACUUGCCGACCUACUGCUAGUCUGUUCUUUGCCUUUCUGGGCCAUCAACAUUUCUAAUAAUUUUCAGUGGCCUUUUGGGCUGUUCCUCUGUAAAGCUGUCAACGCAGUCAGCAAAAUGAACCUUUAUUCUAGCAUUUAUUUUCUGACACUAGUGAGCAUCGACCGCUAUCUGGCCUUGGUGAAAACCAUGUCUCUAGGACGGAUGCGGCGAACUGUCUGUGCCAAGUGGAAUAGCUUUGUAGUCUGGAUGUGUGCAUUGUUCUUAUGCUCACCUACAAUGGUCUUCCGAAAAUUACAGUAUUACAAAGAAUACAACAUCACAGCCUGCGGUCUUGAUUAUCCAGCCACCUACUGGCACCCUGUAAACAACUUCCUGCUGAAUGCUGUGGGCUUUGUGAUCCCGCUCUGUGUAAUUACCUAUUGCACUACCCAGAUCAUCAAGGCCUUACGAAGUAGCGAGUUACAAAAAAUGAAGUUAAUCCAGACAGAAAGGAGAGCCACCAUGCUGGUCCUUGCUGUGCUCUUGCUAUUUGUCAUUUGCUGGCUCCCAUUCCAGAUCAGCACAUUCAUCGAUACAAUCUGUUCCUUGGCAGAAACUUUGAAAUGCCUUGAAGAAAUCAAUGACAUUUUGACUCAGAUAGCUACCUACUGCGCCUACAGCAACAGCUGCUUGAACCCGAUCCUGUACGUUAUCGUCGGGAAACACUUCCAGAAGAAGGCUGUGGAAUUCUACAAAAACUUGCUCCCACAGAGGUGCAGAAAGUCACAGCCUGUGAAGGUGAACUCCUUGGACACUUUAAGAACUUCCAUUUCAAGUGAAUAUCCAAGGAAAAAGUCUGUUUUGCCAUUACAACGGUAGCACAAUUUGUUCACAAUGAGGGCAGGUCUACAGAAUAAACACGUGGUAGCAUUCAUCAUUUGUGGGAAACGAAUGGUUUGAUCUUAAUGCAAACUUCAUACAGAGAACUGUUUCUAAUGUUAUGGACAUUUUUCACAGUUGAAUCAUUCUUUGUAAUGUAUUUAUGGUUUUCAUGGCUGAAUUUUAUUUCUUGCAUGUUCCAUUUGAAAUGUUUAUAUUUCCAUGGAAUCUAAGUGUCUGAAUGCACAUACAGUUGUCUUAUUAGAGUCCCAGUACAGAAGCUAUUGUCAGAGUUGUGCAACUACUUAUGGUACCCAUACAGUUUGUUAGACCAUGUUUUUAUAGAAGGGAAUCAUAUUUAUGUAAAUUUAAAUGAAUCCUGUAGGACUAUUAUUCAAAUAGAUUUUUAGGUGUGACCCUCUUUUGGACUUCCUUUCUCUGCUCCAAAGCAAUAUGGGUUGCUUGAUUGACAAGCUGUGCCUUUUUGCAACUGCCCUGCCUCUGCUAGGUGCAGAUUUACAUCUGCCUGUACACGUGGAACAUAGCUCAGAAAAGGUAAUGCAGAUAAGGGAGGAAAACUUCAACCAGCUUAAUGAAGGCAGUAGAGGUCUUUUUUGUAGCAGGAGACUCUUUACUCUUUCUUCCACAAGGUAAAAUUGUUCACUAUGGAGAGCUCUUCUGGGGUGGGUGAAUGCUAUCUUCAUUCAUACCUAUAUGUCAGCUCAGAUACUAGUUUUUUAAUGUUCACCAAAACAUAAUUAAUAUUCAUAAUGUUAUUUAAUGGAAGUAUAAAUGCACAGUACAACUGGUAUAAUCUCACAAGAAGAAACAAAAUAUGGAGGAGAGCAUCACCUUACUGCCUUAGAAAUCUAACUGAAGCUAAUAGGAGUUUUGAAUAUUCAGAGUAAUCAAAAAUGGUAUUUUCAGACUCUAAUACUACCUAAAUUUUAUUUGUAGAGUUAAUAUGAGUGAUUUUAAUACAAAAUAUCAAUUCCUAAAUUAGACUGAAUUAAAACAAAAAAAAAAAAAAAAUCAAAGGACUUCACAUGGAAGAAACUCUGUGUAUGUAAUUGUCAGUAUGCAAUUUUACUUAUUGGAACCUUGAUCUAAAACCAACUUGGAGAUGAUCAGACUAUUAAUACAUGGCCUUUAAUCAUCAGAGCUUGAAUGGAGCAAUAAAGUUCCAUUCAAGCUGGAAAGUCUGUAUUAAAUCUUCAAAUAAUUAAACCAAAGAAAUGCUCUAGAAGCUUGUGGAUGCACUAUUAAAACUGUUGUAUGUAGAUGAUUUAUUGAAAAUUUCUAUGUUUUAUUUAAUCAUCCAGUAUAAUCCUAUAUCAUAAGUACUUUUAUAGUUUGUUCUAUAUAUUGUCCUAGACAUCUAUGAUGAAACACUUCAAGCCUUUCUGUUAUUUCCAGUAUUAUCAACAUUGUCUUGUUCAUGAGCAUAUUGUUCACACAACCUUUAAAUGAAAGGAACUCCAUUCAGAGGUUAUUGGGGCAAUGAAAGAGAAUUUUGGAUAUGUGGUACUGAGAAGUAUGAGUAAAAUAUGAAAAUGUUAUGACUUGUCAAUAAGAUAUUAAAUUAAAAUAUGUAAAUACA